UUCUUUCUUCUUCAGCUCUUUUUCCCUUUUCCUCCGAUCUGAAAAACCCCAUACGUUGCUUUCACAGCCCCGUCGAUCUCCCAUCUUUCCUCCAAUCACUUCUCGCGAUCUCACGAAACCCGUGACCUUUCGAUCUCUUUCUCUUUCUCUCUCUAUCCUUUUUUUUUUAAUUUUUUUAUAAAUUAAGGACACAGCUGUUUCUGAUUUUUUUCCUCUCUCUAGGGUUUCCUUAAGGAACCAACUCCCUUACUAUUCCAUCUUGUCUCAGAUUUUGUUCAAUCUGAUUGAAUGACCUUGCAACAAAAUCUGAAUCAUGACAUCAAGUAUGCUCUCUGGAGAACGGAGAUGGGCUUCUGCAAGACGAAGUGGCAUGACUGUUUUGGGAAAAGUUGCUGUUCCAAAACCAAUAAACUUACCCAGCCAAAGGUUAGAAAAUCAUGGCCUGGACCCUAAUGUGGAAAUAGUUCCCAAGGGCACGCUUAGUUGGGGCAGUAAAUCAUCUUCUUCAUCAAAUGCAUGGGGCUCCUCAACAUUGUCUCCAAAUGCUGAUGGUGGUAGCAGUUCACCUGGCCAUCUUAGUGCCUGCCCUUCCUCUGGUGGAAGUGGCACCCGACCUUCAACUGCAGGUAGUGACAGAGCACAUGAACCUGCUAAUGCAUGGGGUUCAAAUUCUAGACCAUCAUCAGCUUCUGGGGCAUUGGCUUCAAAUCAGACAUCACUUACAUCUUUGCGUCCUCGCAGUGCAGAAACAAGACCUGGUAGCUCUCAAUUAUCCCGGUUUGCUGAACCUGUGCCUGAGAAUUCAGGGGCAUGGGGUGCAGCUGGGACGGCAGAAAAGUUGGGAAUGACAUCAUCCAAGAAUGAUGGCUUUUCUCUCACUUCUGGAGACUUUCCUACUCUUGGGUCUGAGAAAGAUACCUCCGGAAAGAAUGCUGAGUUGCAAGAGCAUGGUUCUCAAAGUCGUCCUGGCUCAUCCUCUGGAGUUGCACCACCGAAAGAGAGGCCUGGAACUUCUAUUGUUGUUGACAUUUCUGUUAAUGCAAAUGUAAAGACUGGAAAUACAAAUUCCUGGAGAAGAGAUAAUCCUCCAUACACUGAAGAUGGAGUCCGGCCAAGCAUGGAGAAGUGGCAUGCAGAUCCUCAGGGAUCCCAUCCAUACCCUAAUACUGGUAUUCCGCCUCAGCAUUAUGAUGCUUGGCGUGGCCCACCAAUAAACAAUCAUCCAGGUGGUGUUUGGUAUAGAGGACCUCCAGGAGGGCCUCCAUAUGGGCCACCAGUUGCUCCUGGUGGCUUUCCUAUGGAACCAUUUCCUUAUUAUCGACCUCAGAUUCCAGGUGCUGCUCUUGCUAAUCCACAGCCAGUUCCUCCUCCAGGAGCAGGACCAAUGGGACCUCACCCUAAAAAUGGAGAUAUGUACAGAGGCCCUAUGCCUGAUGCUUUUGUCCGCCCAGGUAUGCCAAUUAGGCCUCCUUUUUACCCUGGUCCUGUGGCCUAUGAGGGCUACUAUGGUCCUCCCAUGGGGUAUUGUAAUUCAAAUGAACGAGAUAUACCAUUUAUGGGAAUACCAGCCGGCCCUGCUGCCCACAACAGAUAUCCAAGUCAAAAUGCUCCUGAUCCUGGUGGUUCCCAUGCCAGACCCAGCGUCUAUGGUCCCCCAGGAAAAACAUUGGCUGCAGAGCAUGCGGAAUCUGGCCAUCCUCAUGAAACACGAGGACCGUACAAGGUUCUUCUGAAGCAGCAUGAUGGUUGGGAAGGAAAAGAUGAGGAGCACAGGUGGGAGGAUAAUGCAACAGCAGGUCUGGAGAAGAGUGAUCAACGGAGAACAGCAGCAUGGGAAAAUGACGGGAAAGCAAAUCAGAAAAAGGAGGAAGUGAGUAUAAGGACAGUUGUUGAAGAAGCUUCCUUUCAGAUUACUGACCACCAUGGAGGAGAUUCUAUCUUGGGCAAAUUAAAGUCAUCUGAAGGCAUGGAAAAUGCAAAGGCAUAUGAUGACAUUUCAGUAAAGGAAGUGGCACAUCCAGAAGUCCCGGCUGCCACAAAAGAUGCCAGUUUGAUUCAGAAAAUAGAGGGUUUAAAUGCAAAGGCUCGGGCCUCUGAUGGACGCCAUGAGUCUAUAUCUGGUAGCAAUAGGGAGGAGCAGAAAAAUAAAUCACAAGUAGUUAAUGCAAAGGCUAAGCACUUUGCAAAUGAAGUUGCAAGUGGUUCUUGUGCUGUAUUUCCUGAUAAAAUGCCUGCUUCUGGAAUGACUGAACCUACCUGUAAUGAAGUAGCUGUUUCUGAUGGAGAUAAGAGCCUUGAUCUGCCAGCAGUUGGUGGGGCAGGCAUCAACAGGAGAUCUACCCAUAGUAUUCGUGGUAGAACUGAUCAUCGAGGCAGGGGAAGAUUCAAUCCUCAAGAUGCUGAUGGAUGGCGAAAGAAACCUCUAUUUACAGACUCAUCAAAUGUAAAACCUACCAAAGAUUCUGAAAAUCCUUCUAAUGUGAAUAUUCAAGACUCUAUGUCAUUGGAGGCUUCAGAGAAGUCUGGGUUGUAUCCUCAAGUAAGAGAUGAGGGAGAGUCCAUGCCACCUGUAUAUGAUCCAAGUGAUAGCCAAGCACAGCGUGCCAUGAUGAGGGAACUGGCGAAGCAGCGUGUUAAACAACGACAAAAAGAAGAGGAAGAGAGGGCUAGAGACCAGAAGGCUAAGGCUCUUGCUAAAUUGGAAGAGUUGAACAGGCGUACACAAACAGCUGAAGGUUUUACUCAGAAGUUGGAAUCUGUUCCUGAUAGUGUUGUCCAGAGUAAGCAAGAAGAUUCCCAAACUCUCGCUGAAGAAACUAUCCUUGCUAGCAGAUCUGAAGCAACAAGCUUAGCUUCAGUUUCUAACCCAACUGUAGUUGCACUUGUUAGUCAAAGUAACACUGGUGGAGUUGAAAAGCCCACUGUUUUUUCCAAUCAACAACCUCCGGUGUCAACAAAGAAUGUCCAUAAGACAACUGCAGAUAUGCAUAACCAGUCUUUGCCCUUGCAGCAGAGAGUCAGUAAUGCUGAUGCUGCUCUCCAUAAUCUCUCACAGGUUAGUGAUAGCAGCACAUCAAAGCAGAAGCGUGUGGGCUAUAGAAAAAGGGAUAAUAGCUCAUUGGAUAAGAGUUCCAGUGAGAAAUCUAUUUCUACAAGUACAACUGAAUUGCCAAAAGUUCAUAGUGAUGCAGCAGUUGAUGUUGGUCCAUCUGCUGAGGCUGUCGCAAAUGAAUUUACCUCAGGCUCUGAGACUAUUUCCACACAAAAUGUUGUGAAUGAGCCGCCAGUACACCAGAGAAGGAAAAAUAACAGGAGUGGCAAGAAUAAGCACAAAAUGGAGGAGACAUCAUCUGUGGUUCUUUUACCAUCUGGAAUUUCAAAGGAAUCAAAUCUUACUGGUACUUUUGUUGAGAGUUUGAAGCCAAAGUCUUCUGAAUGUGAGUUGGAUCCUAGCUUAGUUCAGUCUUUGACUGAUUCAAAGGAUGGAAAUCGGUCUUCAGAGCAGGACUCAGCUUUACUUAAUGAAGAAGUCUACGGCCGGGUGAAUAAUCAGUGGAAAUCUCAGCAUUCACGCAGGAUGCCACGAAAUCCACAAGCUCAUAGAUCAGCAGUCCAUAGCAGUGAUGCUGUUGUCUGGGCACCUGUGCGGUCACAUAACAAAGCUGAGGCUUUUGAAGAAGUCAGCCACAAAUUGGUGGUUGAGUCUGUUGCUCCACAGGUGAAGAAUGAUGCUCAAGUGCAGAACAAUCCAAGAAACAAGAGGGCAGAGAUGGAAAGGUAUAUCCCAAAGCCUGUUGCCAAAGAAAUGGCUCAGCAAGUGAUCAGUCAACAACCAGUGGCUCCUUCAGACAAUCAGACUGCAUCAGAUGAGACUGUGGUAAGAGCAGAUACUGGGUCUCUUGGAGUUGAAUGUUCUCAACCUAUGGGCUCAGCCAUGGGGAAGGUAGGGAACUCCACAGAGUUGAGGAAUGAUGGGAGGCAGAGUAGGCAGGGAAGAGGGCAUGGUUCUUGGCGCCAACGGGCCUCAGCUGAAGCAACUUUGCAAGGCCAAGAUGGACAAUAUUCCAACUCUAGUAAAAAUACUCUGAAAUCAACUGAGCAUAAUCAACACCAGAAGCUUGAUUCAAGCCCAGUGAAAGAACAGCCCAAGUAUGAUGAAUGUAAUACAUCUGAUGGCUGGAACAUUCCUGAAAAUCCCGAUUCUGCUGCACCACCAGUAGUUCCUGUUGUAAGAGAUCAAGGAUUGACAGGCAGAGGAAAGCGACAUGGCUUCAAGGGAAACAAAGGUGGGGGAAACAAUUAUGAUUUUGAUCACAAGAAAAUUAAUAAUGGUGAAGCUGAAAAAUUUAAUAGACAAUCUUCAAUCCUUGAGAUGGGUCAGUCAGAUUUGCCUGCUACUUCAAAAGAAACUCGUGCUGUUGGGGAGCGAUCAACAUCUCAUUGGCAACCCAAAUCUUCAGCCAUCAAUCAAAGAGGAAGCAGGCCUGAUCGUGAUCAAAAUGUUGGGGCUGAAAUUGGUUGGGCCAACAAGAAGGAUUCUACUCCUCAAGGUAGGGUGUCAAUUCCACCUCAACCAGACAAAGAAACCAGUGAAGGUAUGACUCAGCCUCUUAAAGAUCUGUAUAUCUCUGAAAAAGGAAAUGUUGAAGAAGCACAUAAUGGUGGGUAUCACGAUUCUAAGAGGGAAAGGAAGGUAGCUUCACUUAAAGGACGCCCACACUCCCCAAACCAAGGUCCUGGUCUUCCAGUUGAAGCGCCUCAAUCAAAUGUGGAUGCUAGGACUGAGCAACGCACAACAUCAGGGUUCCGCAAAAAUGGAAACCAAAAUACCCGUUAUGGCAGAGGGCAUGAAUCUCGUGGUGAAUGGGGCUCAUCUGGUCAAGAAAUCAAGCAGCAUAACCCACCUGCAAACCGUGAUUGGCAGAGGCACAAUUCACAUUAUGAGUACCAGCCAGUUGGACCCCAAAAUAAUAGUAGACCAAGUAAUCCUGAAGGAGCAAAAGAUGGCUCUCAUGGUACAGGUGCAAGGUUCAGGGAGAGGGGUCAGAGUCACUCAAGGCGUGGUGGGGGAAACUUCCAUGGACGGCAAAGUGGCAGUGUUAGAGUAGAUGGUGGUUAUGAAUAGUGAGGAGGAAAUUCAGGAUGGGGCUUUUUUUUUUUACUUGGUCAAAUACCUCCCCGCCAUCAACAGAAGUGGUUUGGUCCCUUAAACAUUUUUCAGGGCUAGGAGAAAAAGCAGAUGGUGCCUAGGCAAAAAGAUAGUAUCAACUUGAUCAGAGGUACUGAAAAUGCGGUUUAUUUCAUUCGUAUUUUUCCAAAGUGUAAUUUGGUCACAGUUUGUAUGCUGUUGGAACCUUUGGGCACAUUUCUUUCAGCCUUGUAUUUGGAAUGAAGUAGUGAAGAAGAAGUUUUAUAGUCU